UCGGAUCAGUAUCAGUUCACUGGUGAAGACUGUGUUGGCUGUGGAGCCAGUAGCCGAUGGGCCUGUGUGUCUAUUCCUCAGUAGAUCAGGGUGUUUACAUUCUAAUUCUAACAAAUACAGACGAAACUUUCAAUGUUGAAUUUUCCCUUUGGCCACACUAGGGAGUUCCUAAAUAGUUUACGUUUUGAAAUUGUUUUCAAACUACAUUCUAUGGAUUCUCAUCUAGAAGAGGUGCUUCUUCGAUACGAAGAUCCCGGAGAAUUUAUUGUAAAUGAAUUACAAGAUGUUUACGACAGUUCCAUCCUAAAUUACUGUGAUGUGGAACUCAUGUGUAAGGACAAUAUGAUCGUUAAGACGCAUUCAUCUUUGCUAGCGAUAGUUUCACCUUAUUUGAAACUUGUGCUGAUAGAGGCUUGGGACCCUUUCCAUGGUGCUUCCAUAAUUUUACCAGAUUUCAGUGGGAAAGAUAUUCAAAAUCUUGUCAGAUUCUUAUAUACUGGUAAGACUUCUCUCAGCGAAAAAGAAUUUGAAGUUUUUCAACAGCUAGUUUAUGAAUUUCAAAUCAGCACAGAUGAGAAUACAGCAAUUAUCCUAGAAGAAAUUUCCAAAACAGAUGAGGAAGCUCAGAAACAUGAUGAACAACAAAGAUUGAAGGAUCCUAUAGAAUUAGAUCUGUCAGAAACUUCGGCAACCGACUUGCUACUAGAAGAAAUGCCUGUCGUUGAUAAAAAUAUGUAUUGCUCCUCUGAUCACAAUUCUGUAACAUGUCAUCCACCUCCAAUAAAGAAACCAAGGCAGAAUCACAAAACAGGUGAAAUUCUGCUAGGAAAAGUUAAUGACUCAUCAAAGGGGGACCUAAUCACAGAAGUUGAACUAUUGCUGGAGGAUGACUCUCUUUUCAAAAAGAAAACAUUAGUUUCAUGUGAACUUUGUCCAUCUGUGUUUUCAAGUCAGUCAAAACUUAAUGACCAUGUGCUGAAACAUACAGGAGAGCGACCUUUCAAAUGUCCUCUGUGUUCAAAAUCGUACCCAGUCAAGGUUUUCGAAUCUUGUUUAUUUGUUUAUACAGCAACUCUUACGGCCCACCUGAGAUUGCAUGCUGAUGACAAACCUCACCAAUGUGAAAGAUGUGGAAAGGCAUUCCUUAUACGAAGUCUACUUGAACAACACCUCAGAACUCACACGGAUGAACGGCCUUUUGCGUGUGACGUUUGCGGCAAGGCUUUCAGAAAUCAGUCUAAUCUGAUUGGCCAUAAGAAAACGCAUACUGGAGAUCGACCUCAUGCCUGUAAUGUAUGCCGGAAAACAUUCAACCGCAAGCAUGAUCUGGACGCCCAUCAGCGUAUUCAUACAGGGGAUAAGCCUUUUCCAUGCACUCAAUGUACAAAAUCAUUCAGGUUCCGAUCCGCUUUACGGGUUCACCUUAAAGGUGUACAUGGAAUAAAAAGUAGCUCUUCUUAGCGUAUGGCUACACAAAUCCGUGGCAGUUCUGUGAAAUGUCGGGGUUUCAUGUUUGUUGUCCGCGGGAUUCCAUGCUCCUCGCGUAUUGCAUGUUUCAAUAGCGAAGGAAACGUUCCUAACCAUAAAAUAUGAAGACGAAGGACUAAGGAAAGUGUUGAAGAAUCUGUUACUUCUUUGUGAAUUCACUACACUUGUUGCGUAAAUUACCCAUGCCUUCGCUACCCUUUAAAAUCGAAUAUAAAAUUAUUUGAGCCAACGAGAUUCAGUUUUGAUCAACCAUAGAACCAGUCAAAUUGUAUAACGCCAACUUCAUAUUCCCUUUUUCUACUUCCCCAAAUUUGGAUGACAUACCUUUUGUAGGACUUUUACAGACGAAUUCUUAAUAAACAUGAAUUAAAAAAUU